UCAUCAUUAUUUAUAAACUGUCGGAAAUCUUCGGGACAUUUUUUGAUAUUUCGUGACUUUUGGCUAUGGAUUAACUCAAUUCGCGCAAAAGCAAGUCCUUUCUCUUUUCAUAGCUGGCGUCAAGAAAAAAAACACAACAAAACAAAAACGUCUUAACGUUACAAAUUUAAUUGAUUUAUCAAUAGAGAUACUAAAUCGUAGAACUCCAAGUUGUCACCAUCGAUAUAGACGACAACCAUGGAAAAAGCAACUCACGACCUAUUGUAUUGUCUAUCGCUUUUUCUAAAUUUUAACGCCCAUUUUAUCUUCAAUAAUGCAUUGAAAUUCUCACGCGCUCAGUAUAUUCCUUUGGGUUUGCUCUCUCCUUAAAUAUCUUUUUUUAUAUUGUGGUGUUCUAAAAAUCAAGUGAAAGAUUGAAGAAGAAAAAAGCUGGAAAAGUGCCUUGUGCCUACUACCAGUGGCACUUAAAUUCUCAAGAGGUGUAGCAUUAGAUAGUUAGAUUUCCACUACUACACCGUCUGCCUGUUCUUUAUUGUUGUUGUAAGUUCUCAUUUUUCACAUCUAAUGUACGUUAGAACACUCAAAGGUGACUCUCCAAAGUCUCAAUAGAAAAUCCAAUAGACAGGUGAAUGUUGUAUUCCUCUGUGGUGCUACUCGUAUUCUGUUGGUGCAUUUUGUGCUUCUGGAAAGUGGAAAAUUCUUUGGAAUGGAAAAUUCUCUGAAAAGAAAAUAGACUUUGGCUGGCUACAAAUGAUAAUCCAGCGAUCAUCUUUGAUUCAUUUUGAAAUUUGCUCUUGAAGCGGUUUGUUGUGUUUGAUUUUCUUCUCGCGAUCUCAUGAUAUCCGGAACAAUAACUUUGAUAUUAUGACUGCAUUUUGGAUUAAAAUUACUUACCGUUGUGGGUUCCACUUAAAAAAUUAAAAAAAAAAAAAAAAAAUAAAGGGACGUGAAGCAUAAAUACACCAAGCUAACAUAUUAAUGAAAAAGUGGAUUGAAAAGUGUUAUUUGAAAAGAAAAUAGAAUACCAAAAGUGUAUUACAGUUAUUUACUUAAGUCUAAUUUUUAAAAAUUUUAUUUGAGCAAAAAUGAACCAUUACAAAGUUAAUUGGAUUAAAAAACUUGGGUUUAUAGGAGCAAUAAUGGCAAUCAUUGGAUACAGCAGAGCCCAAGAUUACGAUGUUGGUGACAUACAGUGCUCAUUCUCAACGGCGCCUGGGUCAAAUGUUGAUGAUUUGAUAACGGCACGGUUAAAGCGACCCGCUGGCUUUAAAGGGGCACCCCUAUUCGCCGAUGAUCGAAGUGUGAACCCGGAGACAGAUCGCAACUGCGCAAUCAAGCAAGAUCCCAACGAUCCAACUGAAUUGGCUUAUAAUUUGAAAAUUACGGAUUUCAGCCGAUGUGGAGUUCUUAAGAGAAAUGGUUUUGUUCAUGUGCGAAUAUGGUUUCCACAAUUCCCGGGUGUUGUGAUGCAGUCCGAUCAAGAACUUAUUAUAAUGUGUAAGCCACCGGAGCCAACUGUGAUUGAAAACAAAGCGGCAGGAUUUGCGGGAAGCUUUCCUCAUGGAGCCCGAGUAUCUGGUGUAGUUGAAGAAACGCCCGGCCGAUUGGAAUACGAAGUAGCUCUUUACAAAGAAGCUCCACCUAUUGCCCGAAUAAGUGGUGCAAAUACACCAGUUAGCACAACGAAAGACCCACCAGCAUCAAGUGAACUACCAGUUGAUCAAGCUGUACCGAUUGGUACUAAGCUUCAGCUUCGUGCCAGAAUAAGCGCUGCAUCAGUUUGGAAGUAUGUAAAGCUUAUGGAAGUAACAGUUUCACCAGAUCCAGAUGCUCCACAUGCAAUGGGAGCAGUUUCUCUUGUUCGUGAUGGAUGUAGAAAUCGUGAUUUUGCUACAAUUAUACCUCAUCAGCCAGCUCGCUACAGAGAUCGUCACAAUGAAGUGUUUCUAGAUUUCGAAGCGUUCUUAUUGAGUUCGAUGAAGGAACGAGCAACACUUUGGAUUCAUUCGCAGAUUAAGGCCUGCAUGGAUCCUAGUGAUUGUCAGCCUGAUUUUUGUAUGGAUAUUUAUGAACCAUCUGGACAUGGGAGGAAACGGAGGGCAUUAGAUUAUCAAUCAUCUAAUAAGACAGAAUUUACAAGAUUCAAAGAGAAUAUUGAGUAUACUGUUAUAAUGCCGGGGGAAAUUGAAAUGACACCGGAACAGGAAACUUGUAGAAAUAUUUUGGUUGUAGCUGGAUUCUUGGGAUUGUUGUUGUCGAUCGCCGUGACUUUUAUCUGUACCCUGGCUGCACGUCUUCAAAUGGAACAAAAGAUUAAAAUGAAUCAAAUGGGUCCAGGCUACACAUCGGGAUAUGCUGCCCGAACCAUGGUUCAGUAAAUUGGCUGUACAUGAAGCCAUGUAAUACGGCAACGAAUUUAGUAUAUUUUUAAGUAAAAAAGUCUGUCUUUGUAAUAAUUUAAUAAUUUAUAAUUUAUGAAACAUAGUACAUAGUUUGUGAAACUUGCCUCGAGAUAAUUAUUUAAAUAAACGUUGUUUCUAUCCCAGAGGGACUUGAAAAUGCAUUUAAAUAAAAGCUAGGAUUAUAUUUUUAAAUAGUUUAAAGUUAAGCUUCUAUUAUUAUUUAACUAUAUUUAGUGUAUCUAUGAUAUAAGUAAAAAACAACCGAAUAAAUGUGACUGAU